AUGAAACAGGAGAAAUGGAGGUUCAAACAAAAGAGAAAGAUUAACAAAUUUUAUUAUUCUGCUUAUUCUUCUUCCACUUCAUUUUGUUUCUUUCUCUUCUUUUUCUUCUUUAUUUUCUUCCUCUUUCUUUUCUUCUUCUUCAUUUUCUUCCUCUUUCUUUUCUUCUUCUUCUUCUUCAUUUUCUUCCUCUUUUUUUCUUCUUCUUCUUCUUCUUCAUUUUCUUCCUCUUUAUUUUUCUUCUACAUCUUCAUUUUCUUCCUUUUUCUUUCUUCGUCUUCAUUUUCUAUCUUUCUUUCUUUCUUUCUUUCUUUCUUUCUUUCUUUCUUUCUUAAUUCUUCUUCUUCACUUUCUUCCUCUUUCUUUCCUUCUUAUUUUUUUUCAUUUUCUUCCUUUUCUUUUUUUUUUUCUUCUUUCUUCUUCUUCUUUCAUCUUCAUUUUUUUCUUCCUUUUUUUUUCUUUUCUUUUUUCAUUUUUCUUUCUUUUCUUUCUUUCUUCUUCUUCAUUUUCUUCUUUCUUUCUUUUCUUUCUUUUCUUUUCUUCUUCUUUUUUUCUUCGUCUUUUUUAUUUUCUUCCUCUUUAUUUUCUUCAUCUUCAUCUUCAUUUUUCUUCUUUUUUCUUUCUUUUCUUUUUUCCUUUCUUAAUUCUUCUUCAUUUUCUUCCCCUUUCUUUCCUUCUUCUUCUUCUUCCUCUUCUUCAUGUUCUUCCUCUUUCUUUCCUUCUUCUUCUUCUUCUUCAUGUUCUUCCUCUUUCUUUCCUUCUUCUUCUUCUUCUUCAUUUUCUUCCUCUUUCUUUCCUUCUUCUUUUUCAUUUUCUUCCUCUUUAUUUUUCUUCUUCAUCAUCUUCCUUUUUCUUUCUUCUUCUUCAUUUUAUUUCUUAAUUCUUCUUCAUUCUCUUCCUCUUUCUAUCUUUCUUCUUCUUCAUUUUUUCUUGUUGUUGUUGCUGCUGUUGUUAUUUCGAUUUAUUCACCUUCGGUAUUUUCUCAUACUUUUCGUUUUUCUUCAAUUUCAUCUUUUACUCCACCACAUUAUUCCUCUUGAAUAUUUCUUUUUGUAUCACAUUUUCUCAUUCUCCUAUAUUUUUCUUCAUUUUCUCCUCUUCCUUCUCUUUUCUUCCUUUCUUUUUCUCGUUCACCUUCUUCCUUUCUUUUUCUCGUUCACCUUCUUCCUUCUACACUUCCUCUUCGCACUACUUUAUAUCCUUCGUCUUCUAUGUCACUGUCGUUUAACUCGCCAUCCUUCUUUCUCUAUUUUUCCUCCUAAUUCUUCUUCUUUCGAUUUCUCAUUCUGUUAUAUUUAUUCCUUGUCUUUCCUCUUCACGAUUUCAGUCUUGUUUCUGGUUCCUUCUUCUUGCUUAGUCUUGGCUUCUCCUCCUCCUCUUCCUUCGUUCUCACCCCCUUCUUCCUUUCCUUUUCUUCCUUUUCUUUUCUUCCUUUGUUCGCCUUCGUUUUCACCCCUUUCUUCCUUGCUUUUCUUUUUUUUCCCUUCUUCCUUUCGUUCUCACCCCUUCUUCCUUCUUCUCACCCCUCCCUUCUUCCUUUCUUUUCGCCUUCGUUUUCACUCCUCCUUUCUUCCUUGCUUUUCGCCUUCGUUUUCACCCCUCCCUUCUUCCUUUCUUUUCGUCUUCGUUCUCACCCCUCCCUUCUUCCUUUCUUUUCGCCUUCGUUCUCACCCCUCCUUUCUUCCUUGCUUUUCGCUUUUUCCCCUCCUUCAUUUUCUUUUUGCUCCUUCUUCAUUUCUUUUCGUCUUCAUUUUCACCCCUCCCUUCUUCCUUUCUUUUCGCCUUCGUUUUCACCCCUCCCUUCUUCCUUUCUUUUCGUCUUCAUUUUCCCUUCCCCUUUUUUUCCCUUCUUUUCCUUUCUUUUUCCUUGCUUUUCACCCCUCCCUUCUUCCUUUCUUUUCGCCUCCCUUCUUCCUUUCUUUUUCGCCCCCUUUUCCCUCCCUUCUUCCUUUCUUUUCGUCUUCUUUUCACCCCUCCUUCUUCAUUUCUUUUUCGCUUCCUUUCUUCAUUUCUUUUCGUCUUCAUUUUCACCCGUCUUCAUUUUCACCCUCCUUCUUCCUUUCUUUUCGUCUUCAUUUUCACCCCUCCCUUCUUCCUUUCUUUUCGUCUUCAUUUUCAGCCUUCCCUUAUACCAUUCGUUUUAGCUUUGUUUUCACACUUCUCUCCUUUCUUUCUUUUCGCCUUAGUUCUCACCCCUUCCUUUCUUCCUUACAUUCUUCCCUCCCUUUGUUUUUUCGCAUUCUCACCUUCUUCUUUUUUUUUUUUCGCCUUCUGUUUUCUUCCUUUCUUCCUUGUUUUCUUCACCCCCUCCUUUCUUUCUUUUUCUUCUCAGCCCUUUUCUUCCUUUCUUUUCGCCUUUUUUCACCCUCCCUUCUUCCUUUCUUUUUCGUCUUCAUUUUCCUUUUCUUCGUUUUUUUUUUUCAUUUUCUUUUCAUUUUAGCUUUCAUUCCCAUUUCCUUCUUUUUUUUUCGUUCUCAAUUUCUUCUUUUCCCCUUGAUUCUUUUUCUUUCUUGGCUUUUCCUUCGUUUUUUUUCUUUUAAUUUUCUUCUCAUUUCUUUCACCAACCUCCUUAUAUUUUCUCUUUUUUCAUCUGUUCAUUCUAUUUUACAUAUUGGCCCCGUUCACUUUCCUCCUACUCCUAAUUCUUCUAUUCCUCCUUCAGCCUGUCGUAUUCCAGCUUCUCUUAAUGCUCGCGAUUGUCAUUUUCUUUCCUUUUUUCCAUUUCCUUUCUCUUAUGGCUCUGUUCGUACUUCUUCGUCUCCUGUGACUUUUCCUUCAUUUAUUCUAGAUUUCUUUCUAUAUUUCUCCCGUUCCCUGUUUUACGAUUACAUCUUCCGUCUUUCUUCUAAACUUUCUCACUCCUCACUCCGAUUCUUUUCCCUUCUUCCUCCAAACCCCUUUAGCGAUCAUUCUUCUCCUUUACCCUCCUCUUUGCUUCCUUCUUUGUCUACUGCCUUGCUCCUCAUCUCCUCAUCCGUUUCUACUUCGUUUAGUUUCUCUUUCAAACGUUCUUCUCUGUUGUCUUCCUUCUUCUUCCUCGGAUUCAUUCAUCUCAUCCAUCCUUUUUUCUUUACUUAUCUUCAUCAUCCACUUUCUCCUUGUACGGCAGAAGUACACCCAAAAUAUCCCUCCCAGAAUACCCUCCACAUAAUGGUCUUCUAUUCUUUCUCAAUUACAUCAUUAGGCAACUACCAUUUUUAUUCCUUUCUAUUAUUCCGACUCUUUUGUUUGGUUGGUUGUUUGUUUGAUUGGCACAUUGUUUCUUUCUUUCUUUCUUUCUUUCUUUCGUUCGUUCUUUCUUUCUUUCUUUCUUUCCCCGUUUUUUCCUUUCUCUUUUGUUCUUUGGUUUUAUAUGUUUAUGUUUCUUUUUUUUCCCUUUUUUCUUUCUUUCUUUCUUUAUUUCUUUCGUUCUUUCUUUCUCUCUCCGUUAUUUUCCUUUCUCUUUUGUUCUUUGGUUUUAUAUGUUUAUGUUUCUUUUUUUAUUUUUUAUUUCUUUCUUUCUUUUUCUUUCUUUCUUUCUUUCUUUCUCUCUCCGUUUAUUUUCCUUUCUUUCUUGUUUUUUGA